UAAGCUACUGUUUGUGGGAUUUGACAGACGCACGCACACGGCCUCCCUCUCUCUCUCUUCUCCCCCCCCCCGCCACCGCCACCUCAGGGCCAUAUUGUUACCGUGUGGUGCUUUUGGAGGGCUUAAAGCGGGCGGCUCCUCGGGAAUUAAUUCAGUCAAUUACGACCGCCAGCUUUGUUCGCCCAAGCGAUCUGUCAUCCCGUUGGAAGAAAAAAGGCUCGCUGUCUUUUUCUUUCUUUCUUUCUUUUUUCGGUCGAGAAAAGGUGGUUUCGUGUUUUGUUUUCUAAUCCUUGUUAGCAGCUUGGCCGCAUCCUGCGAGGUAAAAGUUUCUGCCCGCUUGGCUAAUCGGGGCUCGAAGAGAAAGAAGCAAAAGAGAGAAGAGGAGGAGGCGGAUGAGGGCGAAAUAAGAGGCAUCUGGACAAAGGACUGGUUUCUUUGAUCAUGUCCCGACGAAGCCAGCGCCUGGGUGGGACUGUUCAUUAUUUCCAAAGUGAAGAUGAUGGCAACAGCAGCAGUAGUGGAGGGAGCUCACUGCUUGGUGGACAGCAGUCCUUGUUUAAAGACAGUUCCAAUAGCAGGAACUUGAGAAGAAAAUCCAGCAGUGUGAAACGCCCCUCUCCAGCCCCUAGCCUGGGAACCAGCCCUGCCACUCACACCAGCUCCUACUAUGAGUCUGUGGUCAGUGAGACUUUCCUGAAUGAUGAUGGCAGAGGACUUUCCCUCAGAAGUAGCACUGCCUUGGAUGAUCCGCUGGACAGCAGUUCUUACUGGAGCAAGGAUCUGUCCAUGAGAAGCAGAAGAGGCAUUGGAGGCACGGACAUGACCAAUAAAAAAUUCAAUGGACUGGCAGAACGGAAGAUCUAUGACACCUAUGCUUCUUCAUCAGGAUACUCCUCUGAGGACGACUACACAGGUCACACUUACUCAGACCAGAAUGCUUCUGCUUCUAGGUUCAAGAAUGCACUCUCCAAAGUAGGCUCUUUUCUGUGGCUCGUGGCUACCUCACCUGGGCGUUUUUUUGGACUGUUAUAUUGGUGGAUUGGGACUACAUGGUACCGCCUCACAACUGCAGCUUCUUUGCUGGAUGUCUUUGUCUUAACACGGAGUUAUCCAAUCCUGAAGAAGCUGCUGCUGUUGCUCCUGCUGCUGCUACUCCUGACAGCUGUUGGUUAUGGUGCCUGGUAUUUUUACCCCUUUGGACUGCACCCUUCCGUGUUUUCUUGGGGAGCAGUGAAGUUGGUUCCUCCUAUUACAAAGAAGGACUAUGAAGCAGGAGAUGUGGCUGGGUUCUCUGAGGUCCAACAGCAGGUUUUGUCUCGGCUCCAGGCACUGGAGAAACGUUUUGAGACCUUGGAAGCUGCUGCUUCACUACUGGAACUUCAAAGAGGAAAAACAACAGAAGGGCCAACGGUGUCACAUGAGGACACCCUGGCACUGCUGGAUGGGCUGGUGAGACGUCGAGAGUCUGUCAUGAGAGAUGAGUUCCAUGCAGAGACAAACCUCCGCCUCCAGAGUGAAUUGGAUGUGCUCCGAUCAGAGCUAAAGAAGGAUUUGGACCAUCUCCAAAAGAAAAUCACUCAGGCUUCUGAGGCAACGGAGAGCCGGAUGGUCCAAAUGACAGCUCAGUGGCAAAGCUCUACUCAAGAAGGUCUAAUGAGUAAUUUCCGAAAUGAGAUGGACAUACUGGAGGCACAGCUGUCAGGCUUAAAGAAAGAAUUUGGGAUCCUGACCUCUGAACAGAAGGCAUUGUCAAAACAAAUGGAAUCUCUUCCAGGACAGUUUAAGGAAAUGCGAGAAGAUGUAGAAGUCCAGUUUCCCAUAUGGCUGACCAGAUUCCUGUCCCAGCCUAGAGAAGAUGGGUCAGGCAAUUUGUUUCUUCGGCGUGAUGAGUUACAGGAACAGCUCCACAAACUGGAGCACAAGAUCUUUGUCAAGAUUGCUGAGGACCAGCAGUUGUCUGUGAGGAACGUUGGAAUGGCACUCCGGAAGGAAGGAGUCAUAGGAAUAACAGAAGAGGAAGUGCACGGCAUUGUGAACCAGGCUCUGAAACGCUACAGUGAGGAUCGUAUUGGAAUGUUUGACUAUGCACUUGAAUCUGCAGGGGCCAGUGUUAUCAGCACCCGAUGCUCAGAAACCUAUGAAACCAAGACUGCACUGCUUAGUCUCUUUGGAAUCCCUUUGUGGUACCAUUCUCAGUCUCCACGGGUAAUACUGCAGCCAGAUGUCCACCCUGGGAACUGCUGGGCCUUCCAGGGGUCUCAAGGCUUUGCUGUCAUCCGACUUUCCAGCAACAUCCGUCCCACUGCUGUCACACUAGAACACAUCUCCAAAGCUCUGUCGCCCACCCGAACCAUUCCCAGUGCCCCCAAAGACUUUGCAGUCUAUGGUUUAGAAGAUGAAGGGCAGCAAGAGGGUGUCCUCCUUGGGCAGUUUACAUACAACCAGGAUGGGGAUCCCAUCCAGACAUUCUAUUUCCAGGGUGAAGACAGGACGGCGGCUUUCCAGCUGAUUGAACUAAGAGUUCUCAGCAACUGGGGCCACCCAGAAUAUACCUGUAUCUACCGUUUCCGUGUGCAUGGGGAGCUGGUCUCUUAACCCCUUCCUAGCACCACAGUCUUGCUCGCUGGCUACCUCAAGUUCUGCGCCUCGGACUGACAAUGGCUGGCCGGAAGCCACAGCGGAAGGGAGAGCAACUUGGGAAGGGCAACAUUGCUGCUGCUGCUUUUUGUUCUGUUGCUCAUAGGAAGAGGAUGUGGAGGACUUGGCAGCGUCCACCUUCCUCUGCUCGAUGGGUUCUCUCCUGGAAAGAAUUCCCUUUCAGUGCGCAAAGGGAGUACAAGAGGGCUCCUAGAUGUGGUAUUUUCUUAUUCAGCUGUUUUUUAAAAGUUGGGGUUUUUACACUUUAAAACAAGCCUAUGCAGGUCAUCUUCUCUUCCCUCCCACCUCCAAACAAAAAAAAUGUUUCCAUCUCUAGAGAAACAUAUGAAUAACCCACAGAGUUCUGGUGGUAUUUAUGUAAUUGUCAUCUCAUAGUGGGUGGGAUAUCAGAUAUUUGUGAAUUCUGCCUUAGUUGAGAACGGUUGGAGAUUUAGUGCCGUUUCCCUUCCCUUUUCUUGGGUUUUGAUUUAUUCAUAGAAGUAGCUUGGCAUUGACAUUUGUGGGAGCCCACAAAACUGCACGGUAGAAAAAGGAAGAGGAAAAUGGGUGUUACUUUCAAGGAAUAUGACAUAUUUAAUGGCUAGAGGCUGUUAUCCUGAAGGGGAGGGGGAAAAAGAUUUGUUUUCUACAGGGGUGGGGAAGUAAUCAGAAACUCUCACUUCUGUUACUAAAGAUUAUGGAUGAAAUUCAUUCCCAUUUGGCUGAGCAAUGGAAUGAAUAAACCGUGUGAGGCCCUUAACGCUACUGUGGAAGUGGUUACACAGAAUCCCCCCCCCCAUGUGGGGACUGGUUGUUUGAGUGGUGAAAAAGGAGCGCCCUGUACAUACUCAGAGAUGCUUGUUCUCAUCUCGCAUAUUUCACGGCUGAAUCCUGUUAUUAAAACAUAGGUUCCGUAAGCCUUGAGGAACCUUUGCUUAAAUUAAAUUCUCCCUUUGUUCUCCUUGCAAUGGGGAGUGUGCUUUGCUCUCGUGCUCCAUGUUUCCGCUUAUAAGCUGCUGCAAACUUGUGAUACAGUACAAAUGACUGCCUAUGGUCAAAAAGAGUUACAUGCUUAUUUUGCCAUGUACAUUAUCUCUUGAUUUCUUUCUGGAGACACUGAGUUAGCAAAGACCUGAUGGGACCACAAGUAGUUCCACCUUUGACACAUCCCCCCAAAUAACUUAAGAUGUUCCUGUAACUACUUGGUGAAGGGACACAUGAGCUUGCUAAGAAAACUACCCUUGCUUCUGCAGCAUCACAAGAGACGAGAAGGAGAUGGAGCAUCUUGUGCUGGCACAAUCAGAUUCUACUGUUUAAAGGUGGAUGGUUUGACUCGUUCUUUCUGGUUUUGAAAAAAAUACCUCUGCCUUCCUAACAAGUAGAAGAGGCUGAAUAGAACCUCUCUUCUGACAUGUCAGUUUUAAAUAUACAAGAACUUUACUCUCAGGUGGUAUUGUCUACAUGUCUUUCUCAAUCUGCUGCAUGUGUAGACCGGACUACUCUCAAAAUAUAGGGAAAUUGAAGAUGAAAUUCUCAUUCUUUCAUAAGACAGUAGAGAGUUGCUUUGUGAAAAAUUGCCACUCACUAACAAGGAUGUGCCUAUUCACUAAUAGUAAAAACUAUACUCGAAAGGAA